UCCGUUGUCAUUUGACUUUCGGCAUCAUUUAAAUUUUGUUUACAUACAACGGUUUUAAUUUAAAUAUAUUUUUACUUUAUUAUUACAAAUGGAAAACGAAUUGAAGGAUAUAUUAUCGACCGCCCAAGUCACCACAGCAUCGCACCAAAAGAAGUUGCGCGUUCUGAAAAGUUAUUACGAGAAGGUCCCCGAAGAAGAAUUUUACAAAGAGCUAUUUAAAUAUUUGAAGAAAAUAUUAUUUCAGAGUUCUUUCCCCACAAAAAAUGAAUAUGUUGAAAGGAUACUAGAUUUUUUGGCACAGUUUGUGUCCCUUGUAACCCCUGUGAAUGAAAUUGAAGAUGAUUUCUCUGAUGACAGUGUCCCCGAGCAUCCGUUUUUAACCAGAAUCGUUACUGAAACGCUGAAGUAUCACAACAGCAGUUUUGAAUCCCUUAGAUAUAACUCCUGCUUCUUCGUCAGACUUAUUUUGCAACACAUCGGUUGUCAAAUAAACUUACAUAAUGAAAUAUUGGAUACGAUUCAAGAUGCAAUGCUUGAACGUGCUGCUGACCCAAAAUCUUUGAUACGUCUCCAGGCCGUGAUGGCCUUGGUGAGACUACAGGAACCCUCCAAUCCAGAUUGUCCUGUCAUCAAAGCUUUUCUCUCGUUAAUAAUCGAUAGUAAUGCUUUGAUCAGAGCAGAAGUUGUGAAAACGAUAGCACCGUUUUCUGCAUCCAUACCGCAAAUCGUGAACCGUCUGAGAGAUGUUGACCAGAACGUUCGACUGAUGGCUUUCAGGCGGUGCGCUGAUCUCGUUCCAAAAUUCUUCAAGAUCGUCGAACGCCAGCGGAUAAUGAAGUGCGGUUUGAGCGAGACGCAGCCCAAAUUGAAGAAAGUCUUUCUGGAAAAUCUGCUCGCCAAAUGGGUGCACGCCUACAACGAGAAUUACGUGGUGUUUCUGAAAGCUUUGAAACUGGACGCGACCGAGAGUGAUAUCGUAGCUGCGGAAGAUAUCAGUAGACAGGUCAUGAAUUUGCUGUUCAGCAUCAUUUCAAUGAAGAAUGUCAUUGAAAACUUAUCUUUGGACGAGAAGAAAGUAAUUCCUAUCCAAACAUUGUCAAGCGAAGCUAUUAAUCUUUGGAACAUCACAGUAAACUAUUUGAGGAAUAACGAAGACAUGGACGAGUAUUUGGAACAUAUAUUGCCGGAAUUGACACCGUUCUGCGUUUACAUCGAAAGUAUUCUAAAUGAAAAGAAGAAGAGAAAUACAGAUGACUGGGAGGAUCUGAGCUUUCAGCAUAUUUUGCUGAACUUGUUGGAUAUUGUGGAAGGGUACGAUUUCUCAGAUGAAGUUGGCCGCAAGAAUUUAUACGAGCUAGUCAUGAGGCUGAUCAAAGAAGAAGACCUCCAGUCGAAAGUGAAGAAUAAGCUUAUUUGCAUAGCGGCCGAACUCACGCCCAAAAACGAAGACUUCACCAGUACCAUCUGCCACAUCAUUUCAGAAAUCCGCGAACCUCUGACUGCGUUGACCAGCCAAGAGACCCCUCCAAAUACGGACAUGGAGUGCCGCGCUGCCAUGUUGAGGGUAGAAAUCAUCACGCUGAGGUGCAAACUAGAAGAAGCCACCGACAAGCAAGAGUUCAUAAAGGCAGACUCCCUAAAGAGGAACAUCGAAGAAUUGCAAGCGGAACUGAGCAACUGCGUGCCACAAACGACCGUCGAGAUGGUCAAGGUGUCGAAGGACGAUCCCAAGACGAUUUGCAGCUGCCUGGACAUCCUGGUAGCUUUGUUGGCAUUGCCACGCGUUCAUGCUGUAACUCCUUCUUUGGUGACGGUGAAGGACGAAUUCGUGAUACCCCUCUUGGAGAGCAACGUGGUGGAGAUCAACUGGAGGGUCCUCAGUUGUCUCAGUUUGUACUGCUAUUUGGACGAGGAGCUCGCCGAGCAGUACGCCAAGAUUAUAUGCUUUCCGUUUCAUAACAAGGAUCAACUUCAGCCAAUUCUCGGCAGUCUGAUAGAAACUUACACGAGCACCAUUGCAACAGCGCGAGACGUUAUAUCCAAGGCGGUUAUUCCCAUACUAACGAGCAUCGCAAGCGCCCCAGUUACGAGUCCUCUUGCCGAAGUCGACGUCGACAAUUUGAUUCAGUUCCUUUCGGCCAUCACCAACUCGAAUGACACAAGG